UUUCUCAUACCCUCCAUUUUUAUUCUCAUUCUUUUAGGUGAAACUAAGCAGCUCCAUUGGCACCCAUUCAAUGAAGAGUAGCAAAAGGGACAGAUGGCCAAGGACAAUGACACAGCAGAGUUUGGGUUUUUUCUCAUUGGCAUCUCUAACUAUCCUGAGUGGAGAGACACAUUUUUCACCAUGCUGCUGAUAACUUACCUCUGCACGUUGUUGGGGAAUGGACUUAUCAUCUUUCUAAUCCUCUUUGAUCCUCACCUCCACACUCCAAUGUAUUUCUUCCUUAGUAACCUGUCUUUCUUAGACCUUUGCUAUGGCACAGCCUCCAUGCCUCAGGCCUUAGUGCAUUGUUUCUCUAUCCAUCCCUACCUUUCUUACUCACAAUGUUUCACCCAAAUGAGUGUCUCCUUAGCCUUAGCCACAGCAGAAUGUCUCCUACUGGCUGUCAUGGCCUAUGACCGUGUGGUUGCUAUCAGUAAUCCCCUGCGCUAUUCCAUGGUCAUGAAUGGCCCAGUGUGCCUUUGGCUGGCUGUGAGCUUGUGGGGGGUAUCAGUGGUACUCAGUGCCAUGCUCGUCUUAUCCCUGAGGCUUCGCUUCUGUGGGGCUAAUGUCAUCAACCAUUUUGUCUGUGAGAUUCUCUCCCUCCUUAAGCUGGCAUGUUCUGAUACCAGCGUCAAUGAGCUUAUGAUCCUCAUCACUGGUAUCUUCACUCUGCUUCUACCCUUUGGGUUUGUCCUCCUCUCCUAUGUCCGAAUUGCUGCUGCUGUCCUGAGGAUUCGCUCAUCCCAGGGAAAGUUCAAGGCCUUUUCUACUUGUGGUUCUCACCUGACUGUGGUGACAAUCUUCUAUGGCACAACCAUCUCCAUGUAUAUAAAACCUCAGUCCAAGUCCUCCCCUGACCAGGACAAGUUUAUCUCAGUGUUUUAUGGGGCUUUGACACCCAUGCUGAAUCCUCUGAUAUAUAGCCUGAGGAACAAGGAUGUUAAAGGGGCAAUGAGGAAAGUUAUGGCAAAAAUGGCAUAACCUUGCUUUGCUUCUAAACUUUUAAAA